AUGCCUCCAUCCAUGUACAGCAAGGACGAGAAGGUCCUGUGCUUCCACCAAGAGUUGCUCUACGAUGCCAAGAUCCUCGAUGUGCGCCUGAAGGACCCCUCUGACAAGAAGAGCCCCCAUGAGUACCUGGUCCACUACAAAGGCUGGAAGAAUACAUGGGAUGACUGGGUACUUGAGGAUCGCCUCAGAAAAGCAACCGAAGAGAACCGCGAACUGGCUUCCAACCUCCGCCGCGAGGUCGAGGCUUCUGUCCGACAGAAGCAGGUUAAGCCUGCUUCCAAGAAGCGGGCCAUGUCUGACCGCAGCUCCGUACGUGACAGUGAGGAGCGCGGCAACUCGGUGCCUGGCCGUGCUGGCAAGCGGGCCCGUGGUGAGAAUGAUAUCGAGAAAGAAGAGAGCUUCAACACCCGUCCCUCCAUCCGCAUCGUGAUGCCCGACAACUUGAAGUCUCUCAUCGUCGAUGACUGGGAGCGCGUCACCAAGAAUGGCAGCGUCGUCAAGCUGCCCGCCCCUAAGCCCGUCCGCCAGAUCCUCCAGGACUGGCGCGACGAGGAGGAACCCAAGCGCGCCGACAACCGUAUCGAUGUGGACGUUCUCGACGAGGUCAUCUCGGGUAUGCUCGAGUACUUCGACGUCAUGCUUGACCGUGUCCUCCUCUACCGCUACGAGCGUGCCCAGUACCGUGUCUUCCGCAAGCAGUUCCAGGAAUCCGGCAAGGGACCCGUUGAUAUCUACGGAGGCGAGCACCUCAUUCGUCUCUUCAGUCUCCUCCCUGAGCUCCUCGCUCAGACCAACAUGGACAUCCAGAACACUCAGCGCAUGCGCGAGGAGAUUUCCAAGUUGUCUCUCUGGCUGAGCCGAAACUCCGAGAAGUAUUUCCGCACCGAGUACAUUCCUGCUGAGGACUCCUACGAGGACGAGGACUCGUCUUAA